AUGGCUGCUGCAGUGAACAUGGAGCUCGAUCCUAUUUUUCUGAAAGCCCUGGGCUUCUUGCGUUCCAAGAGUAAGGAUUCUGCGGAAAAGCUGAAAGCACUUCUGGAUGAGUCUUUGGCCAGAGGAGCUGACUCAAGUUAUCGUCCAUCUCAGAAGGAAGUAGAGCAACCGAAAGUAUGUGUUACCAAACCUGUUUCCAGUAAGCAAGAUCCUAAAGCCUCUUCUAGUUUGCCUUCUGGUAACAACAAUGGCAAGCCUACUGCAUCCGAAAAGGUGAAAAAGGAAACAGAAAAGAGAUCUGCUGAUAAAAUGAAAGGGGAUACUGCUGAAGGAGCUGAUGUGCCAAAGAAGCCCAGACUUGAGAAGCAAGAGGCUCGUUCCUCUCCUAUUACGGUUCAGACGAGUAAGGAUUUAUCCAUGCCUGAUUUAUCUAGCUUUGAGGAAACCAGCGCUGAUGACUUUGCUAUGGAAAUGGGUUUGGCCUGUGUCGUUUGCAGGCAAAUGACAGUUAUUUCUGGGAAUCAGCUAGUAGAGUGUCAGGAGUGCCAUAAUCUCUACCACCAGGAUUGCCAUAAACCUCAGGUGACAGACAAGGAAGUGAAUGAUCCUCGACUUGUAUGGUACUGUGCCCGCUGUACCAGACAGAUGAAGAGAAUGGCUCAGAAGACACAAAAACCACCUCAAAAACCAGCUCCAGCAGUGGUUUCAGUGGAACCAGCUGUGAAGGAUCCAUUGAUCAAGAAACCUGAAAUUAAAUUGAAACCGGAGACCCAAACAACUUUUCUAGCAUUCAAGAGAACAGAAGUGAAGCCUUCAGCAGCAGUUUCGGGGAACUCAGCCAGUACAAGUGUUUCCUCUUCAGCAACCACCAGUGGCCUUACAGGAUGGGCUGCUUUUGCAGCCAGAAACUCCUCUGCCAAUCCAUCAACUGCCAAACUGGGAUCAACAGCACAGAGCACCAGUGGGAAACCUGCAGCUUCUUCAAAUAACCAGAAACCUGUGGGUCUGUCAGGGUUGGCAGCUUCGAAAACAGGACUAGGGUCAAAAAUACCUUCUGCUAACAAUAGCACGAGCCCUGCUCAGCUGAAACCUCCUCCACCUCUGACACUGGGAAAAACCACUCUUAGUCGUUCAGUAAGUAGUGACAAUGUUAGCAAAGUAGGUCUUCCUAGUCCCAGCAGCACCACACCAAGCACCAGCAGCCAGGUGAGCAGUGGGAAUGGCAACAGUGGGACUGCAGGUAACAGUGGGGGCACUGCAGGCAAAACCACAGGAGAUGCUGGUAAUCAGUCAGCCUCCCUGAAAGGCCCAACUUCUCAGGAAUCUCAGCUCAAUGCAAUGAAGAGGUUACAAAUGGUCAAGAAGAAGGCUGCUCAAAAGAAACUCAAGAAGUAG